AUGGCAGCAGGCGCCAUCCUCCUGCUACUCUUUGCAGUUCUGGGAGCAGGCUCAGCUGAAGACUUUUAUGGGGAUAGCAUUAGUUUUAUUCAUCCGCACAAGGACCCCAAUGGAUAUUUGAAGGUGGCCUUUCAUCACCGACAGAACGGCAGGGAUCAUUGUGAUCAUCCAUCAACGUACACGUGCACGGGAUGUACCGGCUUGGUCAACGGCGGCGUCGUGCAAACAGACCAGGACACCUCAGGCCAGCAGCGAUGGUGUCAGUCUGAGGGACGGACCGUGGCAAACGUAUCCAUGAACGCUUCCUACAUUUCUCUCAGUAACACGGGUUGUUGCUGGGCAACUAACAAUGAUACAAAAACAAACUGGACAAGCCACGCCCAUUUGGAUCUCCGGACUCGAUCUGACACCGAAGGCCUGAACAAUUGUCCCGUAACGACCACCGUGUCCUCUCUGAGGAAGCCCCAGAACUGUUUUUCAGAGCUUCAUCUUUUGGCUUAUGAUUCAGAUGAAGAUCACGUCAAGUGCCAUUUAGCUGAACACGCCGCCGUUCAUGCCAACAUUACUCUGAAUGAGACCACCUGCACCCUCCACAAAACGGGAGAGGUGGGUGUCGGCGUCUACGUGUUUGAGGUGAUGCUGGAGGACUUCCCUACCAAAAACGUGAAUUUAUCCUAUGCAAAUGGAACAUCCACGUAUCGGGACGCCCAUAACGGAAGUUCACCACAUCUGUGCAGCGUGGAAGUGCAGUUCCUAUUAGAAAUCGUCCCAUCGUUGCCAGAUUGUGAACUGGGUCACGUGCUGCCCAAGUUCUUGUACCCGACACCCAAACACGGUGCCGUGCUUCACGCCACAGUGGGCCAUAAAUUCCUGCUUCAUGCCCAAGCGCAGGCCCACCACGCCACCAUCACUGACUUCCAGGUGAGCGGCCCUCACAACAUGACCAAGGAGUUCAGUGAUGAUCUACACGGAAAAGCCAAAGUGAUGCUGAGCUGGACACCACAACACGCCCACGCGCAUGGCGUCACGCCCGUCUGCUUCACUGCUGAGACAAAUGAAUCCCAAUCAGAGAUGAGGUGUGUUGCCGUUGUGGUGAGCGAGCCGACCCCCUUCUCCGGUAAAACGAGUGUGACGUGCACGGCGGACAUGAUGACGGUUGCCAUCGAGAGAUCCGCUUUGCCCGACGUGGACGUGCGGUAUCUGUCGCUGAUGGACCCAUCCUGCUUGGUCACCUACAACGACACCCACAUCAUGGCUUCCAUGCAGUUCAGCACCUGCGGCACAAUGGUUGAGGAUGAAGAACACAACAUCUACUUCAAGAAUCAGAUCCAAACCCUGCGUAAUCCGGAUCAAGUUGUACUCCGACGACAGACGGUGAAAGUCGGCUUCUCGUGCCAGUUCCCCAAAAGCGCCAGCAUCUCGUCAAAUUACAACGUCCAGAAGUCCAACUACGUUUUCAGCGACGCUGAACUGGACAGCUUCAGUUACUCUUUCGACGUGUACACCAACGCUAACUUCACCGACAAAGUGCAGCCGAGCGCCUAUCCGGUGCAGGUCACCUUUCAACAAUCCAUUUUUAUGGCCAUCAAGGCUCAAUCGCAGCUGGCAAACGUCACUUUCUUCGUGGAGUCAUGCAAAGCCACGCCCGAUGACAACCCUGACAACGCUCUCUUCUACGACUUGGUUAAGGACGGAUGUUUGAAUGACGCUUCUCUAAAGGUCCGAGCCGUUGAUGUAAUGACGUACCACUUAGAGGUCUCGACCUUCAGUUUUGGUGGAAGCAAUGAUCAGGUGUACUUCACCUGCAGCGUCCUGAUGUGCGACAUCAACAACCCCUUCUCCAGAUGCGCCAUGGGCUGCCAGAACGAGGCCUUCCGCAGACGCAGGCGGUCCGUGGCCUUACAGUCCUCCAUGCGGUCCCUCACUCAGGGUCCGUUCCAGUUUGUCAGCGAGGCUCUUCCUGGCGCGUUUGCUCAGCGCAGGCCUGACGGCGUCAAGAUGGCUGCUGAUGCUCAGGAGACCCAGGAUGGCCGUGGCUUGGAGGUCCCUGAGAGAGAGGACAUCACCCUAAUGACGAAGGGGGACGUGGCGGUGCCAGUUUCCUGGCCAAGCGGCGGACGGAUGAAGGCGAUGCUGAGCAGCACCACGAGCACGGGGAUCUUUGCUAGCGCGUGUUCAAUGUCCGUGGUGGCCUUGGCCGUGGUCCUGGUCUACUACGCUCGCAAGAGCAAAGCCGAAGACCAGAAGCCGCUUCUGCGUUCCGAGUGGGAAAACUGAAAGCUGCCAUGUACCUCAAAAUGUACUUUAGUCUAACUUUACCUUUUACAAACUCAUCCAGCGGGGCUAUAUUAUUAUUAUUAUUAUUAUUAUUAUUAUUAUUGCUUUUUAUGAAAUUGUGAUGCCUGAAAGUUGAUCAAUGAUUGUUGUCGCUGUUUCAAUUUCAUAAAACUCCUCAUGUAACCGUGGCUAAUGUGAGUCGGGUUAUUGAUGCACAAACACGUAAAAUGACGCCAGAAUCCAUAGAAAUAUGAUUAUGUUAUUAUUUGACCGCACAAAUUGUUUGGAACACCUUUUUCUCCUGCGCUGUUCAAGGUCAAAUGUCAACACCGUCGCUCUAAAGCCCCGAUUUCUUGUGUCCCUGUACUGCUUACUAACAAAUAUACAUGAAGAAAUCAUCAUAAUAAAUAAAGUCA